GAGAUUUCGUUGGUAUCCUAGGAGACGACGUCAGCGUGCAGUGUCCGCAGUGAGGAAGAGGCGUCGCGUUUAGUCUCUGGUGAUGUUUGUGUUCAUCAGAGAGCGGCUUACACGAUGGACCUACCGGAUGCCAUCAGAAAGCGUUUAGAGGACUUUUCUCGGAACGUGUUAUUCGACCAGAGCGGGGCUCGGACCACCGCAAAAGAAAAUGACACGUUUUUGCCCCACGACAAGCGGGUUCUGUCUAGCCUCCACCUCCAGAUGUCUUUGUACUUUAACAUGUGGUUCUUCCCCUUGUGGUGGAUCAGCGAAACUGUAAUGCUGCAACUCAAGUAUCCUUCUCUGCCCGACUACUACAAGUUCAUCCUCGUCACUGUUCUCAUCCUGAUGACUCUGAUAGAGGCCAUUAGACUCUUCCUCGGUUAUUCUGGUAACCUGCAAGAAAAGGUCCCGGAGCUGGCUGGAUUUUGGCUGCUCAGCAUCCUGCUGCAGUUUCCACUAAUCCUGUUUCAGCUCUUCAAUGAAGCCAUUCUCAUACAACCCCUGGAGAGAGGUGUUCACAUAGUACUCGCCAUAUUCAUACUCACACAGGCCCUCUCUGGUUUUGUGGCGCUCCGGCACAUGGUCCGACACACAGGAAGACAAUUCCAUCUCCGACAGUUUGACUGAAUUCUGAAGUGCCGAUGCCCCUUCUACAGAGUGUAACCUUUUAGUGUGGCAUUUUGCAU